AUGUUGUCAGUUUUCUUGUUCUUGGCAGCGUUUAUCAUCCUGCUUUUGAAAUGGCUGGAUAUUCGUUCACUGGAUGAACUUAGAAAUAUUUUCAACCUUGUUGUCGCUGGUAAUGGCCAACAUAUGCUAUCGAAUCUUUUCCAGGUCGAUGAGAAUUCGAACAGACAUGGUGGUGAGCUUGUUGCUGCAGUGCUCAAGUCCCAUAACGUUCAAGAAAUCUUCGUUCUGUGUGGUGGUCAUAUAUCGCCGAUUCUUGUAGCUGCUGAGAAGCUCGGAAUAAAAAUCAUCGAUACUCGUCACGAGGUUACAGCCGUCUUCGCCGCAGAUGCGGUCGCACGUCUACGUCAAUCCAUCGGAGUCGCUGCAGUAACUGCAGGUCCAGGUGUUACGAAUACCAUCACAGCAGUGAAGAAUGCUCAGAUGGCUGAGAGCCCACUGCUGCUCAUUGGUGGUGCUGCUCCUACAUUGCUCAAAGGUCGUGGUGCCUUACAGGAUAUAGACCAACUCGUCCUACUUCGCCCACUCUGUAAAUAUGUAGCACGUGUGGAGCGACUACGUGAUAUUGUGCCAACCGUUCGUGAAGCUAUUAAGGCAGCCGUAUCAGGUUGCCCAGGACCAGUAUUUGUUGAGUUUCCAGUGGACGUACUAUAUCCUUAUCAACUUGUAGUCAAAGAGAUCGGCUUCAGUACGAAAUCCGAUGGUUUUGUACAGAAGGCUUUGAAUUGCUACCUUCGGUAUCAUGUUUCGAGACAGUUUAGUGCUGCUUGGCAAAAUCAAGACAUUAGUCCACUACCAUCACAGAUUCCAUUGCCUACUUUGGAUGAGGUCAGAAAAAUUGUCCAACUUAUUCAUGAAGCGAAGAAGCCGUUAUUGCUGAUUGGUAGUCAGGCAAUGCUUCCUCCAGUAGUUCCGCAAAAUUUGGUCAAAGCAGUUGAAUCACUGGGAAUUCCUGUUUUUCUUGGUGGAAUGGCGCGUGGUCUGUUAGGGAAGGAAAAUCCUCUUCAAAUGCGGCAGAAUAGAAAGGAGGCGUUACGUGAAGCUGAUCUGACAAUAUUGGCCGGUACUGUUUGUGAUUUCCGACUGUCUUACGGACGUAUACUGUCUACGAAGUCGAAAAUUGUGUCCAUUAACAGGAGCCGCAACCAAUUGACAAAGAACGAGAAGACUUUCUGGAAUGCAGACAUCUCUGUGCUCGCCGACGUUGCAUCGACGUUGGUUGAAGUUGCCAAGCAAGUUGGAAAGGUCUCACCUUGUAGAAAGUUGGGUUCCCUGAGAAGAGAUAACCAAAAAGAGGAAGCAAAUGUAGCAAAGAUGGCGGAUGAAUUAGUAAACGGAGGUCUACUAGCCCUAGAAAUGAUGUGGCGGCAUUUUCUUAUCACUUUAACACUGGGAUUUUUACAGAAACUUCCUGACGACGCCAUCCUUGUUGCAGAUGGAGGAGAUUUUGUUGGAUCGGCAGCCUACAUUCUACGACCUCGCGGCCCUUUGCAGUGGCUUGAUCCAGGAGCUUUUGGGACACUCGGUGUUGGUGGAGGAUUUGCACUCGGAGCAAAGGUUGUACAUUCCAAUCGGCCAGUAUACAUCUUGUGGGGUGACGGAUCUUCAGGAUACUCAAUAAUGGAAUAUGAUACGUUUCAUCGUCACAAGCUCCCAGUAAUAGGGAUUAUUGGCAACGACGCAUGUUGGACACAAAUCGCUCGAGAGCAGAUUCCUAUGUUCAGCAGCAGCGUUGCGGUUGAUUUAGCGCGCACUGACUACCACGAAAUUGCGGUAGCCCUGGACGGAUGGGGAACUGCGUUGUCAAAAGAAAACGUGUCUUUUACUGAGGAAAUUUUGGAUGAAGCACUCCAUCAGAGUCGUGAAGGCCGAUCCGCACUGGUUAACAUUCUUAUCGGCAAAACGAAUUUUAGAGAGGGUUCAAUCUCUGUUUAG